AUGUCACGUAUGUCUGCUUGUUGUUAUAUUGUUAUUGUUAUUCUUAUUUUCAUCUUCUGUGUACAAUGUUCAUCGUUGUAUGUUGAUUCUCAAAUAUCCAAAAUUGAUCGACGUAAUCUCUCUGAUCCACCACCUUGUCCAUCACUUAAUGUUUCUGCACUUCGUUUAAUCACAUUUGAUUUAUUUGGUGCAUUGAUGUUAACCAGAUCAUCGUUACAAAGUCAUAUUGCUGAACUUUUACCAUCGUUAUCAUCAAGUGAUGUUGAACGCUUCACUGAUACUUGGCUCGAAGCAUAUGUAUCAUAUUUUGGAAAAUCAUUUCCAAGAUCACAAACACGUCAACCAUUUCUAUGGGUUAUCCAUUCGUCAUUGUUACAAAUCUUAGAAUCAUUCAAAUUAUCAACUAUCGUACCUGAAGAUGGUUCUACUUUUAAAUCAUUGAUAAAAGCAUGGAGUAAUCUACAACCACGUCCUGGUACCGUUGAAGUUCUAUCAAAGUUAAGCCAAAAAUAUCAAUUGGGAUUACUUUCCAAUGGUGAUAAAGACACAUUACAAACAGCCUUGCGUGUUUUUCCCUCAUCAGUAAAUAUAUCAUCAAUAUUCUCAUCAGACUAUCCAAUAAAUUGUUUCAAAACAUGUUCUGCAAUGUAUGCUCAAGUAUUAGAAGCAGUUCAUGGUGAUAAGACACAAGUUUUCCAUGUAGCUGGUUCAGCAUACGAUACUCAUGGUGCUCGAACUUUUGGUAUUUUCUCUGGUGCAAUUGAUAGUUCUGCAAAACACACGAGUCCACCACCAUGUUUUGCUUUUGAUGAUAUACGACAAUUGAUUUCAUUUUUUAACGUUUAA